AUGAACACAAUUUGUGUACGUACUUUCAUUUCGAAGAGAGAUCUCUACCGAAAGACGGCUGUACCCAAACAAAUGUCCUUGGUAGAGAAAAGACGGAAGCUAAACUGUUUCUGUUAUAUCAAUGGUAUUCCGCUUUUUCUUCCGUCGUUGAAUGAUGCCAGACGGUUCGAGAUGCAGAUCUUCGUCAAAACCCUCACGGGUAAGACCAUUACCCUUGAGGUCGAACCCUCGGAUACGAUCGAGAAUGUCAAGGCGAAAAUCCAGGAUAAGGAGGGUAUCCCGCCAGAUCAGCAGCGUCUGAUCUUUGCCGGCAAGCAGCUGGAGGAUGGUCGCACACUGUCCGAUUACAAUAUCCAGAAGGAGUCCACCCUUCAUCUGGUGCUUCGCCUGCGUGGUGGCGCCAAGAAGCGCAAGAAGAAGAAUUACUCCACCCCGAAGAAGAUCAAGCACAAGAGGAAGAAGGUUAAACUCGCUGUCCUCAAGUACUAUAAGGUUGACGAGAACGGAAAAAUCCACCGUCUCCGUCGUGAGUGCACCAGCGAAUCGUGCGGUGCUGGCGUGUUCAUGGCUGCCCAUGAAGAUCGUCACUACUGCGGCAAGUGUCACCUGACGCUCGUCUACUCGAAGCAGGAGGAGAAGUAAGAAGGUGGUCGCGCAAAGGAAGGGGAGCGUGUACGGGGCGCAAGGUUGUAUCAGUCUUGAACCAACACAGCCACACCAAGUUAUGGCACGCGCUGCAGGUCGAAUUUUCCAAUUCCUUCUUCCUUAAAUGCGGGAAGAAGGAGCAUCGAUCAUUAUACAUCAGUGAAUGAAUGCAUUAUGUGGCGUAUGAUUUGGUUUACACCUUUUAGUGGAGAAAAAUAAAGAUGAUACAGCUAUCGUGUUCUGUAUGUGUAACUUAA